AUGAUCAAAGCAAACCCCCAUGUAGCAAAGAUUUUUAAAAAUUGGAUCUUCAAGGGAAGCUGCCCACUUUCGCGCGCAGACGCUCUUUCAUUUGAAGAUUUACCUGGUCGUGCUCAAGCCGAUCAAGCUGAGGCCCACCCAGUCCGCGCACGUUGGUACGCCUCUAAUAUAGAUAUAAUGAUGAGGUGCUGCUGGACUGAUUUUUGCUUCGUUAUGACAGCUCGAGGAGCGUUGCGAGGCUCCGACAGCGAUAUCACGCCCACGCAGUGGCAGCCAAUCCCUGAAUAUCUUUGGCCGGAAUCUGCUCGAAAACGCCUAGCAGCUUCGCGAGAAGCAUAUCGCAACUUUGUACAAGCCCGAACCGAUCGCCAGCAACAUCGCACAGAUGACAGCGAGCGAAAGGCUGAAACUGCAGAGACUCGUAGGCUCGCAGAGCGCGAGGAGCGCUUGGCAGCUGAAAAGGUCGAGCGAGAUGAACGCGAACAAGGCGAAGAGCAUGAACGUGUUCGGCGUGCUGAUGCUGCUGUACUCGAAGCUCGACGCCAGGAGGAACUGCGAGAAGCUCGAGAGGCCCUACGACGCAUCGAAGCAGUUCGAGAUGCCAGGUUCGAACAAGAGCGGGAGGAGAACAGCCGUCGCUACGAAGAGCGUCUAGCGCACGAUCGUGAGGAAGCUCGACAGCGCCACGACCAAAUGAUGCUGUUCGUGGUGAAGAUGGGGGGGAGUAAGAGCGGCUUGGGGUGA